CCCAGAAGUUUGCGCUCGCGCUUGCCCGCGCGGUGUUUCCAACAAAACAUGGCCACGCGAUCCUUAUGGCGCGCUGGAGCGAAAUUCGCGGCGGCGAUCACCGGCAUAGCGGCCGGAGCCGCCGCGACCUCCGAUGAUCCAUCCAGGACUCUCAAGCUCUUCACUGCCGUCCCCGUCCGCCUCUUCCGCGACGCCGUCACCGUCGCCAGCAUCGCUUUCGAUUAUGAGUAUUCACUAUGGGGAUUGGCCGAGGGAAGUAAUGAGAGGUCUAGAGUUAAGCAUGAAGUUCACCUCAGGUCUGCACGUAAACUUCAAGAAUUGUGUUUCAAGAAUGGAGGCAUAUAUAUCAAGCUUGGUCAACAUGUUGGACAACUGGAGUACUUAGUACCUCAAGAGUACGUCGAGACAAUGAGAGAGUCUAUGUUGAAUAAAUGUCCCGUUUCUUCGUAUGAUCAAGUGUGUGAAGUCUUCAAGAAAGAGCUCGGAAUGACACCGGAUAAAAUCUUCCCUGAAUUCAAUCCUGUUCCAGUAGCAAGCGCGUCCCUUGCACAGGUUCAUGUUGCUUGGAUGUCUGAUGGCCAGAAAGUUGCCGUGAAGGUUCAGCACACUCACAUGACUGAUACUGCGGCUGCAGAUCAUGCUACCGUGGAAUAUAUCGUGAACACCCUGCAUUGGUUUUUUCCUUCUUUUGAUUACAGAUGGUUGGUUGAUGAAAUUCGUGAAAGUUUGCCAAAG